UUCCUUGGUCUGUGCGGUUGUCUCAGAGACUCAGGCGGAAAGGCGGUGUUGGGUACCCGAGAGACCAGGCGGUUGGAAGUCACUUCCUCCCGGGGACGCUGUUGCAUAGCAACCGCUUUCCGCCUCCAUCUUUUGCCCCGCCUCCAGCUUAUUCCAAUACCUGGCUUCCCAGACCGCGAGGCCCGGGUCGGGGGCGACACCUAUGCUAAAGCAUAGCCGCUGGGUUCUCAGGUGGUCACAGGGGCCCGGGUGCACGGAGAGCGCCGUGGAUGCCGGAGGCACGGACCGUGCCACCAUCAGAGGUUGAAUGAAUUGUUUCAACUUUUUAUUAGCUGUUGUAUAAAAGUAGAGAAAAAGGAUAUACCAUGUCGGAUGAAAUCUUCAGCACAACUUUGGCCUAUACCAAGAGUCCAAAAGCUACCAAGAGAACUUCUUUUCAGGAUGAGCUGAUCAGAGCGAUUACAGCGCGGUCAGCGAGGCAGAGAAGUUCCGAAUACUCAGAUGACUUUGACAGUGACGAGAUUGUUUCUUUAGGUGAAUUUUCAGAUACCUCAACAGAUGAAAGUCUGGUUAGAAAAAAGAUAAAUGAUUUUCAUAUAUCUGACGAUGAGGAAAAAAUGUCUCCAAAACUGUCUUUUUUGAAAACCAAGAAAAUUAACAGGGAAAUAUCCAAAGAUGACCUGAACUCCGUCAUUCUGGACAGUGAAGGCUCAUCACCAGACACUCAAGAAGAUAUGACUGGAAAUUCCUUCCCCAAAUCUCAAAAUGAUGAUCAAGAAGUUAGCAGAGAAAUGAUUGCAAUGAAGCCUACACCUAGGAUGCUCCCUGUCAAACGAAGCACAUCUUCAGGGGAAAACAGCAACAGUUUUGAUGCAGAUGGCCACUUUAAGCCUUCGCCCCGGCCAAGGAGCAUGUUAAAAAAGAGCAGCCACACUGAGGAGGGAGUCAGACCAGGAGCUGAUAAAGAACAUUCCACAGGCGAAGACUCUGCUCCCACACCUUUCCUUCCAAGACAGAAUGGCACAGAGUUGCAAACUGAGGAAAAAAUGUACUCGGAAAACCUCGACCUUGAGGACUCACUCUUACAAAGUCUGACCUCAUCUUCCCUGAAAGAAAGCCCUGGAGGUUGCACAUCACCAGGAUCUCAGGAAAAGGCGCCCAAAAAAGAUCAUGAUGGGGAACCUACUGAAACCUGGGAUUCCUUGCUAUCAAAUGAAAAUGAAGGAAGUUCGGUUUUGGUGAACUGUGUUACUCCUGAACUUGAGCAGCCCAAGGAAGGUCAGGUGGCAGCUGACGACCUUGAGGAAGAAAGAGAGAAGGGUGGCUUUACAGAAGAUGACCUCACCACCACUGACCCACUGCUCUCCACGUCUCCGAGUGUCAUAACACCCACUGAGCCAGCCGAGCCAGCCAAGAAAACAAAUGAAGACAGAAACACAAAGAAUAAAAAGACAACGAAUAACAGAGUUUCCAGUGCCUCUGGCAGGCUGAUGACCUCUGAGUUUUUAAAGAGAUCCGGUCCCACAAAAAGAAGUCCGUCUGCAGCUACCUCCUCUCACUAUUUAGGGAGUUUGAAAGUCUUGGACCAGAAGCCACCACGGAAGCAGAGCCUAGAGCCAGACAAGGCUGAUCACAUAAGGGCAGCUGUUUAUCAGGAGUGGUUAGAAAAGAAAAAUGUGUAUUUACAUGAAAUGCACAGAAUAAAAAGAAUUGAAAGCGAAAACUUGAGGAUCCAAAAUGAACAGAAAAAAGCUGCUAAAAGAGAGGAAGCAUUGGCAUCAUUUGAGGCCUGGAAGGCUAUGAAAGAAAGAGAAGCAAAGAAAAUAGCUGCAAAAAAGAGGCUGGAGGAAAAGAACAAGAAGAAAACAGAAGAAGAAAACGCCGCGAGGAAAGACGAGGCCCUCCAAGCAUUUGAAAAAUGGAAAGAGAAAAAACUAGAAUACCUCAAAGAGAAGACCAGAAGAGAGAAAGAAUAUGAAAGAGCAAAGAAACAGAAAGAAGAAGAAGCAGUUGCUGAGAAAAAGAAAGACAGUUUAACUGCUUUUGAAAAAUGGACUGAGAAAAAGGAAGCUCUCCUCAAGCAAAAGGAAAAGGAGAAAAUAAAUGAGAAAAGGAAGGAAGAGCUGAAGCGAGUGGAGAAGAAAGACAAAGACAAGCAAGCCAUCAGUGAAUACGAAAAGUGGCUGGAAAAGAAAGAAAGACAAGAAAGAAUUGAACGGAGACAAAAGAAGCGCCACUCCUUCCUUGAAAGCGAGACACACCCACCAUGGAGCCCACCAAGCAGAACUGCGCCCUCAAAAGUAUUUUGACCUUUCUGGUUCUUGAUUUUUUUUUUCAGUUCACCAACUUUACUCAUGGAUUUAAGACCAGUCGUCUCAUUAUUUGUGGUUGGAAGACUCUGUUUCACUUCCCUGCGGGAGUUUCUGUGGAGCAUGAAAGAGAUACUUUGCAGUUUAAUCAGUGGAAAACAUUUUCUGAAGUGUCCUCAUCAGAUUGCUGGGACAAUCUAGAUGUAUGAAGCUUUAUCAUGUCCUGACUGUCCUAAAGUGGGGUGAUGUGUGGUCACUGAGUUCUGAGUCUCUUUAAAGCAUGUUUGAUCCCACUAAUGAAAGACUGCUGGCUAGAUGCACAAUCAUAGAGAUGAUUCAGGCUGUGGGGGCAUGUGCUUCUAGAAUGUAGUUUGGGCAUUGAAGGUCCCUGGAGGCUAUGGACGUGUUAUCUCUUCUAACUGCAGUUCUUUAGGUCAGAGAAGUAGCUUUGCUGUGCAAGUUAGAGACUCAGUCAGUGGAGGCCGCAGAACUCUAGUCAGUCACUCUAUUUGAGAGCUUUGCCUUAGGGUUUAAUCUCAGUGCGUUUUGCCCACUUGAGGCUUACCUGACAAUCGCAGCCACUUCUACAACAGGCUCGCUUCUGGAAUGUUCUUUCUAAAGCCCAUCUCAAUCUCUUUAUCAUUUGAUUGACACCAAAAAGCAUCAGUUUGAUGGUAGUGGUUUCUUAUAGAGUAGUUGUGAAAACUUCAAGGUGACUAUCAAAGUUUUUCUAGACAAAAGGUAAAAAGGUAAUGGAAAGUGACUCUCACUUUCUUAACUAAUUAAGAGUGGUUCAACCUGCAUAUCGAAGCGGUUGAAUAAGAAAGAAAAUUUGUAAAGAUAUUCAAGAUCAUUUAUAUUUAUUAUUUAUUUAUUUAUUUAUUUGACCUUUGUUUCUCCCUGUAUCAACUGGUCCUAUACUUGACUGGCCAUCUCUUAAAGCAGGCAAAUGGUUGGGAUGCUGCUGUAGGCAGGGAUGCAAUGCAGAGACAAUCAAUGGAAAACAUCGUUUCUACGGUUCUCUUAGCUCUUCUGUCAUCUCUGCUGGACUUUUAUAAAUGUGAUUUGUCAAUUUUGUUGCAACUGUUCAGGGUAGGUAUUAUUAGCUUUACUGUGCAGAUCAAAAGAUUGAGACUUAGAAAGUCCAAACUAACUUGCCGUACAGCUAACAUGUUGGGGGGGGGGGGGCACGUGACCAGAUCCCAACAUCUCUCUUGAAACCCAUGUGACUUUUUACCUUUUUGUUCAUCAACCUUGCAAAUGCUUGUCAAGUCAGGGAGUUAUUGGUGAUACAUGCUUCUUUCCUUACAUCUAUAAUAUGAAAUGAGGAUUCAUGGGAUUUAAGAUACUCAUCAAACAUGUGAUAGAUAUCAACAAAGCCAGCAACUUGUGUAAGACCCACUAAGCAGUAUUGAAUUGUGGGAUGUGCUCAAAACAGAAUGUCAUGAGCUGCUUCGAAGCUUCACGAAGCAGAUAGAAUCACAUCCAGGACAUCUACAGAUUAAAAAUACUGCCAGAAGUGGUCACAGAAAGAUUAUCAGCAGUGUGCUGUCUGUCUGGGAUUCAGGACUCACCUUUGUGUGGUUUCCUACAACUGCAAACAAUCAAGCCUACAAGAAUAUAAUGAUAAGGGUGUCUUGUACUGAAGUAAAUCAGAAGUGAUAAAAAGUUUGCACAUUGUAAGGAACUCACAGGAAAAUCAGACAAAGGUGUAGCUGCGUCCAGGGAUCAGAAACCCAAAGUGUUCGUGUUGUGAUUUCCCACCAGGUGUGUACUUCCACUCCCAGGCAACUUUCUACAGUGUUGUUUGUUACUGCUGUUAGCGUCUAACUAAAUCAUGUCAAAUGGCCGAUUUCAGUUAACUAAAGUAUUUGGGACAUAAGGACUCCCUAAAUUUUCAUCAUUACCAUUUAUUCACUGCAUCUCCCCACCACGGACAUAGGAUCAGUGUGGGAUGAGCAGAACAGUAGUCAUUUGGCAUAUAUUUUUAGCAUACAGAAGAGCUCAGUUUUCUGAUCCAUCUUUGAUGUACCAGUCACAGUCAAGCACUGUCUGGGACAGGACCCUCUGAGAAGACACCUCAAUACUGGUUUCUUGAGAUGGCCUCUGAAGAGAAUGAAGUGACAAAUGAAGAUGGGCCCAAUGGUCCCAAAUGCCAUUUCCUCAAAUGUGAUUUAGGAUGGGUAUAUUUACAGAGUAAGUAAUAGUUUUUCCCCCUACUUAACCCGUAUUCACCCUGUGUGAGAUUUAUAGUUAAAUAAGAUUAUCCUUUCUACUGCAGUCAAAAUAAAGCAGAGCUUUGUACAGGGGGUGAACAUCCAGUUCUGUAAUGUGUCGGUCUGAAUUACAGAGGGAAAAAACAAACCUGGUAAGAUAAUCCUAAUAUGUUUGCUUAUUUAAGAAAUAAGACUUUUUCUGUGUUUCCUUAAAAAGUACCAAAUGUCAACAUAGGUUAACUUAUAAUAAUAAAAAAUAAAACUCUGAUAUGAAAGUUAGUUCCAUCAUAGCAAAAAGAUAACCAUACACAUCACAAGGAAUAAAAUGGUCCUUUAGAAGAGUUAAAGUUUCCUUAAGGAAAUCUACCAAGAACAGAUUGGAGUUAACAGUAUUCCAGUAGCCUGUGUGUCACACUUGAAGGUGCUGGUUCACUAGUUGUUUUAGGUUGUAAAGAUUAUCUGCUGGUUUUGCUGAUGUUUUUUACUGACAAAGCACUACCUUAUAGGAGCUUGAUAGCCACAGUUGGAUGUUCCUUGGAGUGAUGUAGCUUGUACUCAAUCUGGACUAGACUCUAUUUCUAUCUUGAAUUAUCUUUUGAAUUUGCCAACCUCAAAUGCCUAAUGUUAUCAUUCGGGCUGACAGCAAGCCCUUUGCCCACCUCCCCACAGUUUCGAUCCACUACCAUGCUCACACCAACUUCCUUUAACUGUGGUUGUUGCUGCUGAAGCUGGCUGUUACUGUCUCCCAUUCCCCCUUUCUCCCCAGCCUUCCAGGAGAAACAGCUGUUUGGCUUCUCACUCUGCUAUGAAAAAAUAGUGGCCCUUAACUUAAAUCCUAAAUCAUAGCCUAAAAAAAGAAGACAACAGAGACGGGAAGUUUCACAGAUCAGGGGAAAGGGAAGGUGCAUGUUAGUCAAUGUUAGUCUCAAAAAUAAGAUAGUACAGGAACCAAAAUUGCCUAAUUUAACUUGACUCUUAGUUCAAUUGUACUGUACUAAAAGGCAUUUAAAAACCCAUCUGUGUCCAUUCUACACAAAGCAAAUAUGUUAUUGAUUUUUCUCAUUCCUAGUUACACUGAUUGAUAGAAUAGUGAAGUGCUCGGUGGGUGCGGAACGGGAGGCUUUUCCAAGCCCCUUUACUUAAACAUGUCAUGUGAUACUGCCCUUUUGGAAUGCUGUGCUGCACGUACAGUAAUUGUAUAAGGUUAAUCAGUAUGUGAGAUUCUUGGUGCUUACUUAGGAAGUCUUUGGGAUUAUUGGGGAAAUACAUUUAAUGCCUGCUCCUUAGUAAUACAUUUUUGUGUUAUACUUAAUUUAUUCAAGUUAGCCACUUUCAGUUUAGUGUAUUGAGUGUUAUAAUUUAUUAGUUAUAUACCAGGUGUUAAUAAGUGGGAUGUGUGUUUAUUUCUGAGCUAACGGUAAAAUUUGUCAUGUUGAUAUAUCUUUCACUGGAAGUGAAUGGUGGACAGGAAGUAAUUUUCAACUUAAGGUUUGGAUAUGAAACUGACUUUACUGUAUGGAUUGCAAGUGUGACAUAAUAACUGUUAAUAAUGUUACUAAGCGAUUGGAAAAUGCAGAUGAGGGAGGUCGACAUGAUUCCAUCUCUCUGAGAUGGCUGCAGCUGAUGCGGUAGUUCCACCCACCUGUCUAUUUUCUAGUGAGUUCUCUAGUGUUGCUGGAUGUAGGGGGAUGAAGGAAGGAGCUCCUAUUCUACUCGGCUAGUUCUCCGUCUCUCGCCUCUCCCUGUCUUCUGCAUUAUCUACGUGUAUAUACAUAUAUGUAUGUGUUUAUAAUGGGUAUCUGAACAUUGAAAUAAAAUGAAAUCAAGCCA